AUGUCGCCCUCGGCCGACCCCCCUUCGCCCAUCUCGACCGAGACCACCAUCGCCGCGCUCCGCAAGUCCAUCACCUCGGAGGCUACGCCCCUGCCCCUGCGUUUUCGCGCUCUCUUCUCCCUCAAGCACCUCGCCACCGUCUCCGAGACGGCCGAGUCCAACGCCGCCAUCGAUGCCAUCGCCGCCGCCUUCGCCUCCCCCUCAGCUCUCCUCAAACACGAACUCGCCUACUGCUUGGGCCAGACCGGCAACCUUCACGCCGUCGAGCCCCUUCGCAACGUGCUGAGUGACCUCAACGAAGACCCCAUGUGCAGGCACGAGGCUGCCGAGGCGCUGGGUGCGCUGGGCGACGCCAGUCAGCUCGACAUUCUGAGGCAGUUCCGCGAUCGCGAGGGCGAGGAGGUUGUUGUCACUGAGACGUGCGAGAUCGCCAUCGACCGUCUGGAGUGGGAGACUUCGGAGCAGAGGAAGCAGGAAAAGCUGCGCAAGAGCGACUUCACAUCCAUCGACCCCGCACCGCCGAUGGAAGAGUCCCAGCGCACCGUCGACGACCUCGAGAAGAACCUCAUGGACCAGUCCAAGCCCCUCUUUGUGCGCUACCGCGCCAUGUUCGCCUUGCGCGACCUGGCCUCGCCGCCUGACCUGCCGACAGCUGUGCCUGCCGUCCUGGCCCUCGCCAAGGGCCUCGCAGACCCUUCCGCCCUCUUCCGUCACGAGAUCGCCUUCGUCUUUGGCCAGCUGUCGCACCCUGCCUCCAUUCCCGCCCUGACUGCCGCGCUGAGCGACACCAACGAGGCGAGCAUGGUGCGCCACGAGGCGGCCGAAGCCCUGGGUUCGCUCGGCGAGGAGGAGGGCGUCGAGGCCACCCUUCUCAAGUUCCUCCACGACGACGAAAAGGUGGUGCGCGAGAGCGUCAUUGUUGCGUUGGACAUGGCCGAAUACGAGGCCAGCGGCCAGACGGAGUAUGCGCUCAUCCCCGAGGGCACCAAGGUGUCAGCGUAA